GCAACUUGUAAUACAGAAAGUGUCAAGCUACUGCAGGAAAGGAAAUCCAGUAUCCUACAAAUACUCCAGGGUGAACACAGAUGAGGACGGAUGUGAAGAUGAGAUGGAAUGGUUAAUGGAAGAGACCGGGACACCCACGCGGGAGCCUCAAGGGAACGGUCACAUCACCAUCAAGCCGGUCAGCACUGAUGCCCUGCACUCCUUCUCCCUGGACGAGCAGGACAGCGAGGACGAGGUGCUCACAGUCCCAGGGGUCCGAAUUGCCCCUUCAUCGUCCACUUCCUCGCGGCUGAAAGCAGAGAGCGAUGAGGAUCUGGUGGGGCUCCUGGUGGACACGCGGAGCAGAAAUAAGACCCGAUACAGCGACAGAAACCAUAGGAAACCUCAGCCAGACCCUGAUGACAGCGACGAGGAUCUACUGAAAGUCUGAGAGCAUCAGGCGGCCCAAACUGAACUUUUGAAUGUCUCUGCCACCAGGCUCCAAUUGUUUAGUUGCUCCAUUU